AGGGGGAUCCUAAGAGGAAGGUCCCCAAAAAAAAAACCUUCCCUUUUUGUUCAUUCUUUUAUUUAAUUUUCAUCCUCUCUUUGCUUAAAGGGGGAUAGUUUAUAAAAAGAAAAAAGAAAAAAAAAACCCUUUUUUGCUCAUUCAAAGAGGAAAAAGAAGAGUUCUUCCUUUUUUUUUUUUGUUUAGGACAAAAUGGGUUAUAAGGAUGAUGAUUCUCAAAACAAAAAAAGAUACGCCAUCAUUGGUGUGUCGUCAAUGUUACUAGUGGCUAUGGUGGUGGCGGUGACGGUUGGUGUUAACCUAAACCAGGAUGAGACAAGUGAUCCAGCUACUGGAAAUAAGUCUCAUGAAAUAUCUUCUUCAAUGAAAGCUAUUAAAGCCAUUUGUCAACCUACUGAUUACAAACAAGAAUGUGUUGCUAGUCUUAAGGCUACUGGCAACAAUUCUUCAGAUCCAAAGGAAUUGGUUCAAGCUGGUUUUAAGGCUGCCAUGAAGUUGAUCCAAGCUGCUGCUAAUAAAUCUGUCGCCUUGAAUCAGCUUGAGAAAGAUCCUAGAGCCUCCAAAGCCCUUGCUGGUUGUAAAGAGCUCAUGGAUUUCGCCAUUGAUGAGCUUAAAUACUCCAUGAACAAACUCGGAGAGUUUGAUAUUAGUAAACUCGAUGAGAUGUUGAUCGAUAUUAGGAUUUGGCUCAGUGCUACAAUUACUUAUCAGGAAACUUGCUUGGAUGGGUUCGCAAACACAACAGGAAAUGCAGCAGAGAAGAUGAAGAAGGCAUUGAAGACUUCAAUGAAGUUGAGUAGCAACGGGUUGGCGAUGGUGUCGCAGAUCUCGUCGAUGUUGUCAGAGUUGCAGAUUCCAGGGAUUAGCCGAAGGCGACUUCUCGAGAUUCCAGUUCUUGGGCAUGAUGAUUAUCCUGACUGGGCGAAUCCCGGGAUGAGACGACUCCUAGCUGCAGGGUCGAAAGUGAAGCCCAAUGUUGUGGUGGCUAAGGAUGGGAGUGGUCAAUUCAAAACCAUUCAAGAGGCUAUUGACCAAGUUCCAAAGAGAAAGAACAAUGCAACUUAUGUGAUUCAUAUCAAGGCCGGAGUGUAUCAAGAAUAUGUACUAGUUAAGAAAACUCUCACUCACUUGAUGCUCAUUGGUGAUGGCCCCAAAAAGACCAUUAUCACCGGUAACAAGAACUUUAUCGAUGGCACACCCACUUUCAAAACCGCAACCGUUGCUGUGACAGCAGAGCACUUCAUGGCAAGAGACAUCGGGUUCGAGAACACGGCAGGACCACAAAAGCACCAAGCCGUCGCACUACGAGUCCAAGCAGACAAAGCCGUAUUCUACAACUGCGAAAUGCAUGGUUACCAAGACACUCUCUACGUACACACCAUGCGUCAAUUCUACCGUGAUUGCACGGUCUCAGGAACCAUCGACUUCAUCUUCGGCGACGCAGCCGCCAUCUUCCAAAGCUGCACCUUCCUAGUUCGCAAGCCGCUACCAAACCAACAAUGCAUCGUAACAGCACACGGACGCAAAGAGCGCCGUCAACCAUCGGCACUCAUCAUCCAAAACUGUUCGUUCAAGCCCCAUGCCGACCUGGUCCCGGUACAAAAGCAAUUCCGAUCCUUCCUUGGAAGACCAUGGAAGGAAUAUUCAAGAACAAUCAUAAUGGAAUCAUACAUUGGUGAUUUGAUUCAGCCAGAAGGAUGGUUGCCAUGGGCAGGUGAUUGGGGAUUAAGGACAUGCUUUUACACAGAGUAUAAUAAUUAUGGACCAGGUUCUGAUAAAUCAAAGAGGGUGAAAUGGAGAGGGAUUAAGAACAUUACACCACAACAUGCUGUGGAUUUUACUCCUGGCCGGUUCCUUAAGGGGGAUAGAUGGAUUAAGCCCACCGGAGUUCCUUAUGUUUCUGGACUGACCAGGACCGGCGGUGCUGGGGCAGCGGCUCAUUGAUAAUUUUUUUGAUUGAAUUGUUAUGUACAAUGGGUGGCCGGCCGCAGCCUGAAUGGCUUGGCUCAAUCUUCUUUUUUUAUUUUCAUUUUAUUCUAAAAUUUUCUGUCUCUCUCUCUAAUGUGGUUUAAGACUUUAAGUUGUGUGUUCAUUGUGUGGGUCUAAAUUCUAUACAUUGGAAGAAAAUAUUUUGAUUUUUUCU